AUGGGUAGUCGGCCGCACUCUCCACCGGGGACCGGUCCUAUGGACCUCUCAAUGUCCCGGACGAAUCUCCGCCGCGAUUCCCUGAGAAGCAGUAUGAGUGUGGUGUCGGACGUGGAGAUGGCCCGAAAUGAAGUUUUCGACGGUCCCAUCUCCGAAAGCAUCCCUUCAAGCGUCGUCUCUUUCUCCCAUCGUCGCAACCGAACCGGGUCCACCGUCAGUUUCACCUAUUUUCAGGACGAGGAAGACUUCGCGGAAUGGUCCAACGAAGAUGCGGUGGAUGUGGACAGCGAAAUCGACGAUACGUCGGUGAACGGAUUCGAGGAACCUGACAUUGAGUCCGCGAGAGGGUCCUUCGUCUCCAAGAGAUUAUCACACUCUCGUGAUUCUGCCGAACACCCUCUUCUUUCUCGUAUCAUCUCCUCGAGCUCGUACGGUCGAGAUCGAAGGCUUGGAAGCAGGCUUAACCAGAAAGUAUACAUCGGAUCGGAGGAUUUGACGGCAGUCUUCGCAGGCUUUUCUACCAGCCGGGGUGGGUUCGCUCUAUAUCUGGCAUUGUGCUUCCUGACUGGUGGAUUCGGAUACCUGCUCUUUCGCUGGCUCCCUCGAUGGCGAGUCAAGUUGAUUGGGAAGGCGACUCCCCUGGGAAAAUGCGAUUGGAUUGCAAUUGAGGAUCAAUGGAAUCAGUUCUCUGUCCACGAUGUCAGUAGCCAGCCAUACGGACGCCCGCUUUCUACAGUCUUUGUGGAUGCCCCAGGUCACGCCUAUGACGAAGAUAGCGACCCAACUCUUGUGUCUCUCCGGUUCCUUGACUACAGAUACUUGCGAUUUUGCUAUCACCCCGUUGAGGAUAAAUUCGCCAUGAUAAACGGCUGGAAGGAUCCUGCUUGGACCAAUGCGAAGGUCAUGCGAGCCGGCCUCGAUGCCGACGAACGCGACAGCAGAGAACAACUCUUUGGCCAGAACGUUAUUGACAUCCAGCAGAAAACUGUUCCUCAGCUGCUGGUCGACGAGGCUUUCCAUCCGUUCUACAUCUUCCAAGUGGCGAGUCUCAUCCUAUGGUCCAUGGAUGAAUAUUACUACUAUGCAGUUUGCAUUUUCCUCAUAUCCGCAUUCAGCAUUGCAGCUACCGUGCUCGAGACAAAAUCGACCAUGCGUCGACUGAGAGAAAUUUCAAUGUUUGAUUGUGACGUCCGUGUUCUCAGGAAUGGAUUUUGGCGUUCGGUUUCUUCACAGGAUCUGGUACCUGGAGAUGUAUUCGAGUUUUCCGAUCCGUCGUUGAACCAGGUUCCAUGUGACUGUAUCCUGCUGUCAGGUGACUGUAUUGUGAAUGAGAGCAUGCUCACCGGCGAGUCUGUUCCCGUGUCUAAGACACCCUUCACAGACGAUGCUCUCAACUAUCUCGACCUCAGCGCCCCUUCCAUCCACCCUAAUGUUGCCAAACACUUUCUGUUCAGCGGGACGAAAGUUAUUCGAGCCAGACGACCCCAGAAUGUGGACGACGAUGAAGCCGUUGCGUUGGCAAUUGUAGUCAGGACCGGUUUUUUGACGACGAAGGGUGCAUUGGUCCGAUCAAUGCUUUUCCCGAAGCCAUCUGGCUUCAAAUUCUACCGUGACUCCUUCCGAUACAUUGCGGUCAUGGGUGUGGUUGCGCUCCUAGGCUUCAUCGCCUCGUUCAUCAAUUUCAUUCGACUGGGUCUUGCAUGGCAUCUCAUUAUCGUUCGCGCACUUGAUUUAAUCACGAUAGUUGUCCCACCGGCUCUGCCAGCAACUCUCACCAUUGGCACCAAUUUUGCACUGUCUCGUCUCAAGAAACAGAGCAUUUUCUGCAUCAGCCCUCAGAAAGUGAAUGUGGGUGGUAAAUUGGACGUUGUCUGUUUUGAUAAGACCGGGACUCUCACAGAGGAUGGCCUGGAUGUCCUCGGUGCACGUGCGGUCAGCGGCAGCCAGAGAUUCUCCGAGUUGUUGUCCGAAAAGUCCGCGGGUCUCCUUCUUCCUCCGUCUUCCGCAGACUCUCCAUUUGAUCUCGAGAAACAACGAAAGAUUAUCUACACCAUGGCGACAUGUCACUCUCUUCGAGUUGUGGAUGGCGAGUUGCUAGGAGAUCCCCUUGACGUCAAGAUGUUUGAAUUCACCGGUUGGUCAUAUGAAGAAGGGGGCAAUCAUGCCUCCGAGCAGACAACCCCCAAGUUCGACACGAUCAGCCCCUCCGUUGCAAAGCCACCCGUAACCCAUAUCGGAGAAAGCCAGCAAAAUGGACCCAAUACUCCCCUUGAACUUGGGGUCCUACGGAACUUUGAAUUCGUCUCACAGCUUCGUCGCGCCAGUGUAGUUGUACGGCAGUAUAGCGACAAGGGAGUGAGCUCCUUUGUCAAAGGUGCCCCCGAAAGCAUCAAAGAUAUCUGCGUGCCUGAAUCUCUUCCAUCCGAUUACGAUGAUUUCUUGAACUACUACACCCAUAAAGGAUACCGAGUGAUUGCAUGCGCUACCAAAUACGAACCAAAGUUGAGCUGGAUGAAGGUUCAGAAGUUGACUCGCUCCGAGGUCGAAAGCGAUCUUGAAUUUCUUGGCUUCAUCAUCUUUGAGAACAAACUGAAGCCUAGUACCUCAAGCGUUAUUUCAGAGCUCAACCUGGCCGGGAUCCGCAAUGUCAUGUGCACUGGUGACAAUAUUUUGACUGCAGUCAGUGUCGCUCGCGAGUGCAAGAUGAUCGGUCCCGAUGAGGCAUGUUUUAUCCCGCAUCUUGUGGAAGCUCCUGGACUCGUUGCCAAAACCUCUCUCAUUUGGGAAUGCGUGGACAACCCAGACCUUAGACUGGACCCGAGAACGCUACUGCCUCUCGAGACAGAUACCGAUACCGACCCAUCUAUUCCAGGGAAUGCUCUUCGUGAGCGCAAGUAUUGCCUCGCUGUGACUGGUGACGUAUUCAGAUGGAUGAUUGAUUAUGGAAACGAAGACGUCCUGAACAAGGUCCUGGUCAUUGGAAGGGUAUUUGCCCGAAUGUCACCAGAUGAGAAGCAUGAAUUGGUUGAAAAACUUCAAUCGAUUGACUAUUGCUGCGGUUUUUGCGGCGACGGCGCAAAUGAUUGCGGUGCGCUGAAGGCCGCAGACGUUGGAAUUUCAUUAUCCGAUGCUGAAGCAUCCGUUGCUGCACCUUUUACCAGCCGGCUAUUUGAUAUAUCUUGCGUGCCAAAAUUGAUUCGAGAGGGUCGAGCUGCCUUGGUGACAAGCUUCUGCUGCUUCAAAUUUAUGAGUCUCUACUCAGCGAUUCAGUUCUCCUCAGUCAGCUUUCUUUACACGUCCGGGUCAAACCUCGGUGAUUUCCAGUUUUUGUUUAUUGACCUAGCCCUCAUCAUGCCCAUCGCCAUUUUCAUGGGCUGGACCGGUCCUUAUUCCAAGCUUUCUCGGAAACGACCAACUGCGGACCUUGUGUCUCGAAAGGUCUUAACCCCUUUGCUAGGACAGAUCACGAUCGUGGUUUUGUCCCAGCUCGCGAUCUUCCAAACUGUUCAGUCUCAACCUUGGUUCCAGCCUCCCCAACUAGACGUGGAAAAGAGCAAUAUUGUAAAUUCGGAGAAUACGGCUCUAUUUUUAUUCUCCUGCUUCCAGUACACUUUGACUAGCAUCGUGUUGAGCAUGGGACGGCCUUUCCGACAACCGAUGACCUCCAAUGCGCCGUUCAUGUGUACCAUUAUCAUCGACCUUCUGAUUGCAGGCUUCAUGCUCUUCCGGCCUUCGGGGUGGGUGGUGGAAGUUAUGCAGCUGACUUGGAUGUCAGACGGGUACCGCAUUUGGAUUCUGCUGUUCGCUUUCGGAGCCUUUGCGCUGUCCUGGAUGGCCGAGGCCGCUGUCUUCCCUCGUCUCGCGCGCUUUAUCGGACAUGCUCGUGCCCGCCUUCAACCAACUUUCCGCAAGAAGCGCCGUCAGUACAAGGUGCUCCUAGAGGAUAUGCGCCUGCGAUAA